UUCUGCACCUACCGCUCUCCCUUCAUCCGUUCUGUAUGGUGGAUAUUAUCUUCAACUCUUCUUUCUUGGGUGAUAUGGGGGAUCAUUCCAAAAAGAAGUCUGGAUUCGCAAUGUGUGUAGGAUGUGGAAGUCAGAUCCAUGACCAGUACAUACUGAGAGUCUCCCCCGACCUGGAGUGGCAUGCAGCCUGCCUGAAGUGUGCAGAGUGCAGCCAAUACCUGGACGAGUCCUGCACUUGCUUCGUCCGCGACGGCAAAACCUAUUGCAAAAGAGACUAUGUAAGGCUGUUCGGCAUCAAAUGCUCCAAAUGCAACCUGGGCUUCAGCAGCAGCGACCUGGUCAUGCGGGCCAGGGACAACGUGUACCACAUCGAGUGUUUCCGCUGCUCGGUGUGCAGCAGACAGCUCCUGCCGGGGGACGAGUUCUCCCUGCGGGACGAGGAGCUGCUGUGUCGGGCUGAUCACAGCCUGCUGGUGGAGCGGAGCUCCGCCGGCAGCCCCGUCAGCCCGGGACACAUCCACUCCAGCAGGCCGCUGCACCUAGCAGAACCAGUGACGGUGCGGCAGGCCCCGCACAGGAACCACGUGCAUAAGCAGUCGGAGAAGACGACGCGCGUCCGAACGGUGCUGAACGAGAAGCAGCUGCACACGCUGCGGACGUGCUACAACGCCAACCCGCGGCCCGACGCGCUCAUGAAGGAGCAGCUGGUAGAGAUGACGAGCCUGAGCCCGCGGGUGAUCCGGGUUUGGUUCCAGAACAAGCGGUGCAAAGACAAGAAGAGGUCCAUCCUCAUGAAGCAGCUCCAACAGCAGCACCACUCCGAUAAGACUGUAAGCAUCUUCAACUUGCAAGGGCUGACGGGGACGCCGCUGGUGGCUGGCAGCCCCAUCCGGCACGAGGGCAGCCUGCAGUGCAACCCGGUGGAGGUGCAGACCUUCCAGCCGCCCUGGAAGGCCCUGAGCGAGUUCGCGCUUCAAAGCGACCUGGACCAACCGGCCUUUCAACAACUGGUGUCUUUCUCAGAGUCGGGUUCGCUGGGGAACUCCUCGGGCAGCGACGUGACUUCUCUCUCCUCCCAGUUACCGGACACCCCCAACAGUAUGGUACCCAGCCCGGUGGAGACGUGA